AUGAACUUCUGCGUACUUGCGUGUUCAAGGAAUUGGUAUAUGUUUCCACGCAGCUUUCGGCCACCGGUUCGAAAUCGUUUAAACCAAAUGGUAUCACAUAUUUCGACUGCCGGGGUUUCCCUGGCUGAGUUACCGAAAUCAAAUGUUUUCACCUCUAAAUUACCUCCUGAUCCGGCUUUUGAUACACCGGAAUCAUCGCAUAAGGCCCCAAGGGAAACUUUGGGGCCUCGCAUGGUCAAAGGAGCUUUGUUCACAUAUAUUCGCCCAGAGCAGACCGAUGAGCCAGAACUACUGGGAGUCAGUUCGAAGGCGAUGAAAGAUUUGGGAUUGAAACCAGGUGAGGAACAAACGUCACCAUUCAAGGCGCUGGUCGCCGGGAAUGAGAUUUGGUGGAACGAGGAACAGGGUGGAAUCUACCCAUGGGCACAGUGUUAUGGAGGGUGGCAAUUCGGUUCAUGGGCUGGACAACUUGGAGACGGGCGUGCAAUCAGUCUCUUCGAAUGCACCAACCCGCAGACAAAUACGCGGUAUGAGCUGCAACUGAAAGGAGCAGGCAAAACACCCUAUUCGCGUUUCGCAGAUGGCAAAGCUGUCCUCCGGUCAAGUAUCCGUGAAUACGUGGUCUCAGAAGCUCUUUCUGCCCUCGGUAUACCAACCACUCGGGCACUCUCACUCACCUUGGUCCCCAAUGUUAAGGUAUUGCGAGAACGUCUUGAACCAGGAGCAAUUGUUGCUCGGUUUGCUGAGAGUUGGCUAAGAAUCGGCACCUUUGAUCUUCUUCGCGUUCGCGGAGAUCGUGAGCUGAUCAGGAAGCUUGCGAUAUAUGUUGGAGAAGACGUUUUUAGCGGGUGGGAAUCCCUUCCCGCCAUUGUAUCGCUACAUGACCAGCAGUCUUCCACGCAAAUCGAUAAUCCCCAAAGGGGUAUCCCCGGUGACCAAGUACAAGAACACCAGGAUGUACAAGAAAAUCGAUUUGCUAGACUGUAUCGAGAAAUCGCUCGCCGCAAUGCUAAGACGGUGGCCGCGUGGCAGGCCUACGGGUUCAUGAAUGGCGUGCUGAAUACCGACAACACAUCCAUCUACGGCUUGUCGCUGGACUACGGCCCCUUUGCGUUUAUGGACAACUUUGAUCCCCAGUACACCCCGAACCAUGAUGACCAUAUGUUGCGAUACGCCUAUCGCAACCAACCCAGCAUUAUCUGGUGGAAUCUGGUCCGACUCGGAGAGUCAUUAGGUGAGUUGAUUGGGGCCGGAAACCGGGUUGACGAUGAAAGCUUCGUCAAUGAUGGGGUGACGGAGGAGUUUGAACCGGAACUCAUCAAACGUGCGGAGAAAAUUAUUGAGCGUGUGGGCGAGGAGUUCAAAGCAGUAUUCCUAAACGAAUACAAGCGCUUGAUGGGCCAGAGGCUAGGACUCAAAACACAGGCCGAAUCGGACUUUCAGAAUCUUUUUUCGGAGAUGCUAGACACCCUAGAAGCACUCGAACUGGACUUCAACCACUUCUUCCGCCGACUCUCAGGACUGCCACUAUCCAAUCUGGAGACCGAAGAAGGCCGAAGGGAAGCAGCCUCGGUCUUCUUCCACGCUGAAGGUUUCGGUGGGAUCGGAUACACCGAGACUACAGCUAGAGAUCGCAUUGCGAAAUGGCUGGAUAGUUGGCGGCUUCGCGUCCUAGAGGACUGGGGCCCCGCAAACGACGAGGAAAGACAAAAGGCCAUGAAAUCUGUCAACCCGAAUUUCGUGCCUCGAGGGUGGAUUCUCGACGAGGUCAUCGAGCGUGUGGAGCGCAAAGGAGACCGAGAUAUUCUAGGCCGGAUCAUGCAGAUGUCUUUGCACCCGUUCAACGAUGAAUGGAAUCUUCACAAGGAAGAGGAAGAACGUUUCUGUGGGGAUGUCCCCAAGUACAAGAGGGCUAUGAUGUGCAGUUGCAGCUCGUAA